GGUAGGAAUUGUAAGACUUUGAUUAAACUUCCAUCGCUGGUUAAUAUGAGACAUGAAAGGUAAAUGGAGUAGCAACACGCUACUUAGUUUUCAACUACCUUUUUUUUGAUUUGAUGUGUUGGAUUAUUUAAAAUCUUACUGUAAGUACUUUGACAUAUUGUUUAAGUUUGGGUCGUUCUGAUUUUUUAAUAAGUACUUGUAAGAUAAUCAACUGUCGGUGAAGAAACAUGGGUGGCUUAUCGGAAGAAGAACAGCAGUUGCCAUUAGUGGGAAGCUUUUCUUCACCCGAUGCAUCAGGAGAACAAAUUGAAAGAACUGUUGCAUCUCAUUUGUUUUCCUUGAAGGGACCAUAUGGACUGCUCUGGCAUAUAUUAUAACAGGAGUGAUAGGAGCAGGAGUGCUAUCUCUAGCAUGGAGCACAGCUCAACUAGGAUGGAUUGCAGGCCCAUUAUGCAUUUUAGCAUUUGCUGGUGUCACCAUUGUUUCUUCGAAUCUUCUUGCUGAUUGCUAUCGAUACCCAGAUCCUGAAUUUGGUCACAUCAGAAUUAGGUCCUACAUUCAAGCUGUGAAAUUUUAUUUAGGUGACAAGAGCAAAAACAUAUGUGUAGUACUGGCUCAAGAAAGCUUAUGGGGUACUGGAGUUACCUAUACCAUUACAACUGCUAAAAGCAUAAGUUUGUGGGCUGAAGAGACAAGAGAGAGGUGCCAUCCUAAUGCAAGCAAAUAGAGCAGUUGAAACAAAGGCUCACUGGUGUGACAUAAUAGAUAUCAAGAUUCUUCUGUUGGGUUUACUUUACACCUAAAACACAAUUGCUAGUCAAUUAGUACGUCCACUGAACCACUUGCAGCAGCCAAUGUGGAAAAAACAUAUGCUUUUCUAGCCAAGCACUAACAGGAAAAUGCCAAUGUGAAUUGUGACACAUGCUCAUAGAAGGGUCACUCUUAAAAAUUACAUCUACAGAUAUACGAAUUCUCUUCAGUCCAUACAUCGGUUGUAAACUUUCACCAAAACUUCAUCACCAAGUGCAAAUCAGAUAAACAUGGCAGUUGAUCACUCUCCAGAACUACCUAAUAGUUCCUGUGAUGAUGAUGAUGGGCAGAUAAGAACUGGAACUUUAUGGAGUUGUACUGCACAUAUAAUUACUGCUGUUAUUGGCGCUGGGGUUCUGUCUUUGGCAUGGAGUACUUCGCAGCUGGGAUGGAUAGCAGGGCCUGUUGCGUUGUUUUGCUUUGCAUUCAUCACCUAUGUUUCUGCUUUCCUCCUUGCUGAUUGUUACAGGUCUCCUGACCCUGUAAAAGGAAUUCGAAACCGUACUUACAUGGAUGCUGUUAGAUUGAAUCUUGGCGAAAUUCAUACAUGGUUUUGUGGUUUGCUUCAAUAUCUGAGUUUUUAUGGGACUGCUAUUGCUUAUGUUAUUACUACUUCAACCAGUAUGAGAGCAAUUCAAAAGUCAAACUGUUACCACAAAGAAGGGCAUGAUGCUCCAUGUGCAUAUGGAGACACCACAUAUAUGCUUAUCUUUGGAGCUUUUCAGAUUUUUGUUUCACAGAUUCCAGAUUUUCAUAACAUGGAAUGGCUUUCAAUUGUAGCAGCAAUCAUGUCCUUUACCUAUUCUUUCAUAGGAUUUGGACUUGGCUUUGCAAAAGUGAUAGAAAACGGGACGAUUAAGGGGAGUUUAACUGGAGUACCUGCUUCUAACAUUGCUGACAAAUUAUGGUUAGCAUUCCAAGCACUUGGGGACAUUGCUUUUGCCUAUCCAUACUCCAUAAUUCUCCUGGAGAUACAGGAUACUCUGAAGUCAACUCCACCAGAAAACAAGACCAUGAAGAAGGCUUCAAUAUUUGCAAUCCUUAUUACAACUUUUUUCUACCUUUGCUGUGGAUGUUUUGGAUAUGCAGCCUUUGGCAAUGAUACACCCGGAAAUCUCUUGACAGGAUUUGGAUUCUAUGAGCCUUUCUGGCUAGUUGACUUUGCUAAUGCUUGCAUUGUUCUUCAUUUAGUGGGCGGAUAUCAGAUUUUUAGCCAGCCGGUGUUCGCCUUUUUUGAAAGAUGGUUUACUCAGAAAUAUCCAAACAGUGUAUUUGUGAACAAGUUUUUCACCUUCAAGCUCCCAUCAUUACCACCCUUGAAAGUAAAUCUUUUCAGGAUAUGCUUCAGAACAGUCUAUGUAGUGUCCACUACUGCAAUUGCAAUGAUUUUCCCUUACUUCAACCAAGUGUUGGGAGUGUUGGGGGCCUUCAACUUCUGGCCAUUGGCCAUAUAUUUUCCUGUGGAAAUGUAUUUUGUGCAGAAGAAAAUUAUUCCCUGGACAAGAAAAUGGAUUGUGCUUAGGACAUUCAGCAUCAUUUGCUUGUUUAUUACCAUAGCCGGCUUAAUUGGAUCGAUUGAAGGACUUAUAAGUGCCAGAUUCGGUUGAAGAAAACCGCAUAUCAUGUUAUUCCUGAUUCCAGAAGUUGAAAUAGUAUCAUAAUCCUGAACUUGAGAUUGAAUCAUAAUCAUUGUAAUUAGAUCAGGGUGUGUGUAUAUAUAUUAAGUCAGGAGGAAAUUCUGUUACAGUAUUGUUUUAAAAUGCUGUGAAGUUGCAUCAAUGUCAAAAUGCCCUUAGUUCAA